GUACAUUCAUUGUUCACUGCAUAUUCUUCGUAUUUUUAAGUAUAUACAGUAUAUUCUGGGUGGGAUUCUAAUGUGUAUGUAAUUGUUUCAAGAAAAAGACCUCGAAGGUAUCAUGCUUGGAAAUGGAGUUAUUGGGAUUCUUUCAGAGUCUACAAACAAGUGGGAAAGAAGGGCACCUUUAACGCCGGGACACUGUGCUAGAAUUCUGCACAGUGGCAAGGGUAAAGCAGAAGUGAAACGCAUUAUUGUACAACCAUCAACGAAGCGAAUACAUCACGAUGCUCUUUAUGAGGAUGUUGGUUGUGAGAUUUCUGAGGAUUUAUCUGAUUGUGGGCUCAUAUUGGGUAUCAAGCAGCCAAAGUUGGAAAUGAUCCUUCCGGACAGAGCAUAUGCUUUUUUCUCUCAUACCCAUAAGGCGCAGAUAGAGAAUAUGCCAUUGUUAGAUAAAAUCUUGGUUGAAAGGGCAUCUUUGUUUGAUUAUGAGCUCAUAGUUGGAGAUGAGGGAAAAAGGUUACUUGCAUUUGGCAAGUUUGCUGGUAGAGCUGGACUUAUUGACUUCUUGAGUGGUCUGGGAAGAAGGUAUUUGAGUCUUGGAUAUUCAACGCCAUUUCUAUCUCUAGGCUCAUCUUAUAUGUAUCCAUCUUUGGCUGCUGCCAAGGCUGCAGUCGUUUCUGUGGGUGAAGAGAUAGCUACUAUGGGAUUGCCCUCAAGGAUAUGUCCUCUGGUGUUUGUUUUCACUGGUUCUGGAAAUGUUUCUCUUGGAGCACAAGAAAUAUUCAAGCUUCUACCUCAUACGUUUGUGGAUUCAAGUAAACUUCCAGAACUAUUUGACACGGCUGGCAAGCUUUCUCAGUCCAGGCGAGCUUUCCAAGUGUAUGGUUGUGUUGUGACUUCUGAGGACAUGGUUCAACAUAGUGAUCCUACAAAAGUUUUUGAUAAGGUUGAGUACUAUGCACAUCCGGAACGCUACAGGCCAGUUUUUCACGAGAAGGUUGCCCCGUAUGCAUCUGUUAUAGUUAAUUGCAUGUACUGGGAAAGAAGAUAUCCCCGCUUAUUGAGUUCCACGCAGCUAAAGGAUCUUAUGCAUAAAGAGUGUCCACUUGUUGGGAUUUGUGAUAUAACUUGUGAUAUAGGAGGAUCUAUAGAAUUUGUUAACAGAUCCACAUCAAUUGACUCGCCUCUUUUCAGAUAUGACCCAUCUCGUGACUCGUGUCAUGAAGACAUUGAAGGUGAUGGUGUAAUAUGCUUAGCUGUUGACAUUCUGCCAACUGAAUUUGCCAAAGAGGCUUCCCAACAUUUUGGUGACGUUCUUUCGCAUUUUAUUGGGAGCUUAGCUACUAUGACGGAUAUUGAAGUUUUACCUCUUCACUUAAGGAGAGCUUGUAUAGCACAUGGAGGAGCUCUUACUAACUUAUAUGAAUAUAUUCACCGCAUGCGGAAUUCACAAGACUUGUCAGGGAAUGUUGCCAGUGUCGUCUCUAAUAGGAAGAGAUAUACUAUGCUGGUUUCUCUUAGUGGUCAUCUUUUUGACCAAUUUCUAAUUAACGAAGCCUUGGAUAUUAUUGAAGCUGCUGGUGGCUCCUUUCAUCUCAUCAAAUGUCAAGUGGGACAAUGCGCAGACUCAAUGUCUUACUCGGAACUCGAAGUUGGUGCAGAUGAUAGCACUGUCCUUGAUAAAAUAGUUGAUUCGUUGACAUCUAUAGCAAAUCCCAAAGAAGAUCAUGGAGUUCCCAACGGAAAAACAAAUUUUUUUGCCCUGAAGGUUGGUGAAGUCAAAGAUAGUUGUGUCAAGUUGGGAUAUGCUUCGAAAAAGAGGAAUAUGGUUCUUGUUUUAGGUGCGGGCCGAGUUUGCCAACCUGCUGUGGAACUCUUAUCAUCCAUUGGAAGUAAAUCACCUCCAGAAUGGACAAAAUCAAGUAAGAUAGCAGAAUUCGAGGAAAAGAACUGUGUUCAAGUUAUAGUCGCGUCACUUUUUCUGAAGGACGCAGAGGAGAUAAUUGAAGGUAUUCCAGAUGCAAUUGCGGUUCAGCUGGACGUGAUGAAUCAUGAUUGUCUCUAUAAGUAUGUCAGUCAGGUUGAUAUAGUUAUCAGUCUGUUGCCUCCAACUUUUCAUUAUACUAUAGCUAGUGCCUGCAUUGAGCUUAAAAAGCAUCUUGUCACUGCUAGCUAUGUUAAUGAUUCAAUGUUCAAGCUACAUGAUGCAGCCAAAGGUCGUGGUAUUACAAUUCUUGGUGAAAUGGGCUUGGAUCCAGGAAUAGAUCAUAUGAUGGCAAUGAAGAUGAUUGACCAAGCACAUGCCCAAGGUGGGAAAAUCACGUCUUUUGUAUCCAACUGUGGGGGUAUUCCUUCUCCGGCAGCAGCUAAUAACCCAUUAGCCUACAAGUUCAGCUGGAACCCAGCAGGGGCUAUACGAGCUGGGCGCAAUCCUGCCACAUACAGACGUGAUGGAGGAACUGUACAAGUUGAUGGGGAUGAUAUAUACAAUUCAGCUACAAAAUUCCGGUUACAUGAUUUUCCAGCUUUCGCUCUGGAGGUCCUGCCUAAUCGCAACUCCUUAGUUUAUGGAGAUUUAUACGGUAUAGAUAGUGAAGCAUUGACCAUCUUUCGUGGGACUCUUCGUUAUGAAGGGUUUGGUGAUAUAAUGUCUUCGCUGCUAAAACUUGGUUUCUUCAAUAGUGAAGUUAUUUUAAUUCUUACAAAUAAAGACAGACCCACAUAUAGAACGUUUUUAUAUGAACUUUUGAAGUUCCAUAGCACGGGCUCUAACGAAUCAGUGAAGGCCGAGAAGCUUAUCACAGAAAGGGUACUAGCACUUGGAAUCUGCAAAGAGGGUGAAGCUGCAACCAGGAUAGCUAAAGCAAUCAUAUUUUUGGGAUUUUACGAGGAAACAGAGGUACCUUCAUCAUGCCAAAGUGCAUUUGAUGUGACGUGUCUCCGCAUGGAAGAAAGAUUAGCUUAUACUAGCACGGAGCAGGACAUGGUUCUGUUGCAUCAUGAACUAGUUGUGGAUUUUCCUAAUGGUCGCCCUACAGAGAACCAUCAGGGCACCUUAUUGGAAUUUGGUAGGACUCGGAAUGGGAAAGAGAUCAGUGCCAUGGCCCUCACUGUUGGAAUUCCAGUAGCAAUUGGAACUCUGCUAAUACUUGCCAACAAGAUUACAACUACCGGUGUCUUGAGGCCUCUUCAUCCGGAAGUUUAUGAACCAGCACUUGAAAUACUGCAUGCUUGUGGUUUUAACAUAAUGGAGAAGAUUGAUUAGCCAAAUGGACGUUUUUCCGAUUCUUGAUUUCCUGAUGUCAUAUGAAUUGUCUAAUGUAAGUAUUUGUUAACAUGUUCAAAAUGAUCGAUCAGGGAAAGGGUUUGUUAAUAUUGAAAGAUGGACAACAAUCCAUCUCUAAUAUAAGAGGUGUUCAAUUUCUAGUGACAAUGUAAAGUUGUUAA